AUGAACAAUCCAUAUCUGGACCCGAAAAAUCCCAAAAAUGAACUUCUUGAUACCUUAUUGCAUGAUUACUUCAAAAAGAGAGGACUGUCAAACACUGCUGAGGUGUUUCAAAGUGAAGCUCGAAUUAAUGGACAAACUCCACCCGAAUUUGAUAAACAACCACAUGGAUUGUUGUACGAUUUAUGGAUAAAAUCUAUUCCACAGAUACCAGGACCUUCCGGUCAGAGUCAGGCCCCAAACAUUGGUGCUAUAAUGGACAAUACCCCUCAAAUGAUUCGGGAUGGAUAUUCUAUUCAACACUUUAUAAGUUUUACAAGUAGUCAAAAGCUUUUGUCCUGUGAUUUUUCAUCGGAUGGAAAUAUUCUAGCAAGUUGUGGGAAAAGCGGGAAGCCUUUCAUUUGUUACAUCGACACUGGCGAUUGUGUUACUACGUCAAAGUCACAUUCAUCUACCAUCUUAGAAGUUAGAUUUCAACCAGGAUCGACUAUAUUUGCAACAUCUUCUGCUGAUAAAACAGUAAAAUUAUGGGAUGCAAAAAAACCUGGAACAUUGUUGUCCGGUUUUGAUGAACAUGAGGCGCAAGUUAGAUCAUUGGACUUCCACCCAUUAGGAGGAACUCUUUGCUCGUCCGAUACCAGUAAUGUAAUUAAAGUAUGGGAUCUCAAUCAGCGUGUCAGGAUUAACCACUGUAUUGCAGGAAGCCUAGUGAGAUUUCAGCCUGGAUCAGGGAAGCUUUUGGCAGUAGCUAAUCAAAAUGUUAUCGCCAUACUUGAAUUUCCGUCUUUCGACGUUAAGAACAUUCUUAAGGGUCACGUCAAAGACAUAAAUUCCAUAUGUUGGGAUGUCACUGGGAAUAUGAUUGCCUCUGUCAGUGAAGAUGAUGUACGUGUCUGGUCGGACGGACAAUGCAUAUUCGAGUAUCAAUCAGACGGGAAGAGGUUUCAGUCUAUCAUAUUCCAUCCUCGAUAUCCUGACGUCUUAGUUGUUGCUGGUUUUCAGUGCUUGGAAUUGUUGACUGUUGAGACCAGGGAAAUACGUACUAAAGGAGAUGCCUCUGAUGUAUUAAUUACUGGACUAGCAGCUACUACAGCGCGAAGUGAAUUCGAUAUUGCAUCAGCUAGCAGUAAUUCUGUGGUGAAGAUAUGGAAAUGA